AUGAGCAUGCACGACAGCACGGACAACAGAACUUUCAAGUCAGAAGCUAUCACAGCACGGACCAAAGCCUACCUGGCAACAGUGGAUCUCUGCAACCCUCCAACUGCUCCGCUCAAUGGCUAUCUUGCCAUCAAGCCAAACAGCAACGGUAUUGGCGCUGUCGCCUACGUUCUGUGCAAUGCCGGAUACAACACCAAGUCCCAUAAGAUGACCUGCCAACGUCCUGCUGGCAGCGUAGCUAAGCCAACGUGGACCUCAGUAUAUUGCAAUCCUGCAGCCAUCACUCCCAAACCUCAACCUUUAGCUGUGGAUCUCUGCAACCCUCCAACUGCUCCACUCAAUGGCUAUCUUGCCAUCAAGCCAAACGGCAACGGUAUUGGCGCUGUCGCUUACGUUCUGUGCAAUGCCGGAUACAACACCAAGUCCCAUAAGAUGACCUGCCAGCGUCCUGCUGGCAGCGUAGCUAAGCCAACGUGGACCUCAGUAUAUUGCAAUCCUGCAGCCAUCACUCCCAAACCUCAACCUUUAGCUGUGGAUCUCUGCAACCCUCCAACUGCUCCACUCAAUGGCUAUCUUGCCAUCAAGCCAAACGGCAACGGUAUUGGCGCUGUCGCUUACGUUCUGUGCAAUGCCGGAUACAACACCAAGUCCCAUAAGAUGACCUGCCAACGUCCUGCUGGCAGCGUAGCUAAGCCAACAUGGACCUCUGUAUAUUGCAAUCCUGCAGCCAUCGCCCCCAAACCUCACCCUUCAGCUGUGGAUCUCUGCAACCCUCCAACUGCUCCACUCAAUGGCUAUCUUGCCAUCAAACCAAACAGCAACGGUAUUGGCGCUGUCGCUUACGUUCUGUGCAAUGCCGGAUACAACACCAAGUCCCAUAAGAUGACCUGCCAACGUCCUAUUGGCAGCGUAGCUAAGCCAACGUGGACCUCUGUAUAUUGCAAUCUUGGUAAAGUGGCGACGUCACCAUUGGCAACCAACUUUAGCGGCGUCAGCUGUCAGUCUGUCACCGGGGCACUGAUGUGCACCGACCCGCAAAUCACGGCCGUACCCAAGUUCACCGCCGACACGUCAUUGUUCACCAUUCUCGUGUUGGACACAUGUGCAGUGAGGUAUCUUCCUGCGCGAUCCUUCAGGGACUUCCCAAGGGUGAAGGGCCUACUACUGGACAGUAAUGGUCUGCAGACAAUGGACAAGGAUGCGUUCCAAAGUCUUGCCAUCGUCACCUUGAUCUUGGACAAUAAUAGACUUGCCAGCAUUCACCCGAACACGUUCAAGCCAUUAGCAAGCACACUUCAGGUCCUGAAGAUUGCAGAUAAUCUGCUCACGACUAUCCUUCCCGGCACAUACUCCGGCCUUGGCGCACUCGUCACUCUUGACUUGAGUGGUAAUAAGUUGGCCACAGUGUCCACCGCUACAUUGGACUCCAUAAAGAGAACAGCAACAGUCCUGUUGAACAACAACAGCCUGACGUGUUCUGUGAGCGGUGUCGAGGACAUGUGCUCUUCGUCCUGGGGUAGAGUACAUGGUACCUGUCUGGACUACUUCACUUCGGCGGAUCAGCCCAUCACAACAUUCCGCUCUCUUCAUUGUGGCAAAGCUUUAGCAGUUGACUGGACGAAGGACUGUGGACUACCCUCGAUCGCUGGUCAUAGCGGUAUAUUCUCCUACACAUCGACCGGCAUCGGUGCUAAAGCACUCGCCAUCUGCCAGGAUGGGUAUGCUACUCGUAAUGGCAAAAGCACGAUGACUUGCCAUGCACCGACUUCCCCGGGUCUGAAGGCAGCGUGGAGUCCAGUAUUUUGUGAUCCCAUCUCUAAGCGGACCAAAGACUACCUGUCAACAGUGGAUCUCUGCAACCCUCCAACGGCUCCGCUUAACGGCUACAUUGCCAUUACACCCAACAGCAAUGCUAUUGGCGCUGUCGCCUACGCUCUGUGCAAUGCCGGAUACCAUGCCAAGUCGCAUAAGAUGACCUGCCAACGUCCCGAUGACAGUCUAGUUAAACCAACGUGGACCCCAGUGUACUGCACUAUCGGUAAAGUAGUUCACACGUCACCACUGGCCACCAACUUUACCGGUGUCAACUGUCGGUCUGCAUCUGGUACACUGAUGUGCACCGACCCGAAGAUCACGGCCGUACCCAAGUUCUCCGCUGACACGUCCUCGUUCACCAUUCUUGUGUUGGAUUCAUGUGCGGUGAAGUAUCUUCCAGCUCGAUCCUUCAAGGCCUUCCCCAAGGUGAAAGGCCUACUACUGGACAGUAACGGUCUGCAGACAAUGGACAAGGAUGCGUUCCAAGGUCUUGUCAUCGUCACUUUGAUCUUGGACAAUAAUAGACUUGCCAGCAUUCACCCGGACACGUUCAAGCCCUUAGCAAGCACACUUCAGGUCCUGAAGAUUGCAGAUAAUCUGCUCACGUCUAUCCUUCCUGGCACAUACUCUGGCCUUGCCGCACUCAAGACUCUGGACUUGAGCGGCAAUAAGUUGACCACAAUGACCACUGCUACAUUGGACUCCAUAAAGAAGUCAGCAACAAUCCUGUUGAAGAACAAUAGCCUGACGUGUUUUUUGCUGAGCCAAGAGGACAACAUCUGCACUGCAUCCUGGGGCAGAGUACAUGGCGACUGCAGAGACAUCAUUACAUUGCAAAACGAGCCAAUCACGAAGUACCGAAUUAUCUAUUGUUCCAUAACUUCACAAGUUGAUGUGACUGACUGUGGACUCCCCUCGAUAGCUGGCCAUAGUGGUAUCUUCUCCUACACUUCGACCGGCAUCGGUGCUAAAGCACUCGCCAUCUGCCAGGAUGGGUAUGCUACUCGUAAUGGUAAAAGCACGAUGACCUGCCAGGCGCCGACAGCUCAGAGAGCGCGGGCUGCGUGGAGUCCAGUAUUCUGUGAUCCCAUCAGUAAGCGGACCAAAGACUACCUGUUAACAGUGGAUCUCUGCAACCCUCCAACGGCUCCCCUUAACGGCUACAUUGCCAUCGCACCCAACAGCAAUGAGAUUGGCGCUUUCGGCUACGCUGUGUGCCAUACCGGAUACACGACCAAGACGCAUAAGAUCACCUGCCAACGUCCUGAUGACAGUCCAGUUAAGCCAACGUGGACCCCAGUCCAUUGUACUAUCAUACCAACACACCCAACAGAUCUGCCACGCGAUGUCCCCGACAACGAGACAUGCCUCACACCACCCAAAGUAGCCAAUGGUAAAGUGCACAUGCUGCCAAAGAUCGAGGGCGCUGCUAACGCCGUGCUCGUUUGCGCCUCGGGCUACUACCCUAAUGAUGACACCGCCUUGAUCAGAUGUGUGCGUGGCAAAAGUCCCGGAUCAGGAUUUGCCUGGCCCCAUGUCCAGUGUCAACCUCUAGAGGAAAACGACAAUAGUACCGACAUCGCAUUGGGUAGCACUGACCCAGAUGAUGACAGUCGAUUCCCGUUGACAAGUAUCGGCUUCAUUGUUGGAAUGACGUGCCUCGGGGUCGUCGUUGUUGCCUCUUGCGGCCUGGCCAUCUUGCUGCGCCGCCGUGGUGUGCCGCUAUCGAUCUACCUGAGAAGCGCCAAGAAUCUCGUCUCGAACCCGCGAGGUCACGCUACCACGAGGAGCGAAAACCGACGUCCCAGCGCCACAAACCUAGUGCUCCGCCGCGACUCCAGCUUCAUCCAGGAAUGCAACAUUCCCAUCGUCGAAGCUUGCGAAGGCUAUCAAAGCACACAAUUGGAGCUGAUACGCAGCAGAAUCCAAGUGGAAUCCGAUGAGGUAUCAACCGACGUACCGGUGUCUACGACAAAUUCUGUCAACGAGCAUGACAAUAAUUGAUCAGUCACAGAAUUAUUAGGAUGCACAUGGCCUCCUUGGUAGUUUUUUCAUUAUUACUUCUGUCAUUUUUUCAUGAUUGAAAAUACCCUGGUAAUCUAGUUUCCUAUUUCCCGGUUGAUUUCGGUAAUUUCGGCAGAGAAGCCAGGCAUCGACAUUUAGCUACCACCUUAAAGCCACCAAUGGUAUACAUAUACAUGUAUUAUGUAUGUGUAGGAACUGCUGGUCAAUUCAUUCUACAUUACUAUCAUCUUAUACCUGGCAGAUCCCUGGAACCGAAACAUUCCGCCGACAAUCUUAAUUAUGUUAUGCAGUAUCGUAUCUAUUCCCCAAUGGAAGUCUUUCUUCAUUUUGUACAUUUAUAUUUUAGACCAAAAAUUCAAUUAUUUUUCUCCAGACUCAGUGUGCGAAAUAGAUACAGAUAUAGGGUAGAUG